AUGGUCAACCAAGGUCACAUCACAAGUGUUUCUGUUGUUUUCCUUCCAAAUAGCGAGAUGUCCACUUUAUUUGUAGGUUGGGAUGGGCGUGCAAGUAUACGACCAAAGCGACAAAGCCUACUCGGCGGACUCAUCCAGACACUCACCAACCCUCUCGGUGUAGGAUACAAUCAGGGUUACGGAUAUGGAUACGGUCAGCAAGGUUAUAGUGGUUACGGAGGACAGCCGUAUGGUAACUAUGGCGGUUAUGGAAGCCAAGGAUAUGGAAAUUACGACGGCUUUGCAAGGCAAGGCUAUGGCAGCUAUGGAACGCAAGGAUAUGGUAGCCAGGGUUAUGGUAACCAAGGCUAUGGUCAGCAAGCUUAUGGCCGACAAGCUUACGGUCAGCAAUAUGGUAAUUAUGGCGGGCAAGGAUAUAGUAAUUACGGAGGACAAGUUUAUGGACGUCAAGGCUAUGGCAACUAUGGAGGAUACAAUCAGCAAGGAUACGGUCAGCAGGGAUACGGUAACUAUGGCGGACAAGCUUAUGGACGUCAAGCCUACGGAAACUACGGAGGACAGGGUUACGGACAGCAAGGUUACGGUAAUUACGGCGUUCAAGCUUACGGACGUCAAGGCUAUGGCAAUUAUGGAGGACAAAGAUAUGGUCAGCAGAGCUACUAUGGCCGUCAAGCUUAUGGACAACAGUACGGUAACUAUGGUGGACAAGCUUAUGGCAGACAAGGAUACGGUUAUGGAAUGCAAGCCUAUGGACGACAAGGAUAUUAUGGUGGACAGGCUUACGGACCACAAAGUUACGGAAACUACAUGGGUCAGGCUUAUGGACGACAAGGAUACGGUGGCCAGGUGUACGGUAGACAGGCGUACUAUUAUGGAAAAUAG